AUAUGCGAUCACGGUCUCUGGGCAUUGGUUUCAGAAGGAGUAUUAUUUUGUUUGCUUUUCGUCAACAGGUUACAGUUCUUUACAGGGAGUCCCCUUUUCCAUCAUGUCACGAAAAUAACAAAGUUUUUAUUUUGAUAUUCAUUUGUAUUCUCCCUUCUUUUCCCAUCUGUAUUCACGAAAUUUUGUGUUGAAACUACCGUGAUACAUACUGCUUGCCAAAAAGCCAAGGUUCAGAAACUUUUACAGACGAAAAUAUCAAAAACUGAACCGUUCCAUUAAUUCCUUCUAUGCACGCCACUAUGCACGCUUCAGAAUAAGCACGAACCAAGAAUGGGUCAAGGGUAAACAUACACUAUAACUGGGGAAUAUACAUCAAAUCGGUAUUUAUUGGUAAAUGCGAUGACGUCACCUUCAGCGGAAGCUUUUAUUAGUAGUUGUAAAAAGAUUGGUACACGGAUAUUUCGAUCUAAACAUUGUUGCCUAUGUCAGUAUGUGUGUUGCAGCUUUUACCGAUGUUAAGUUCGUCGAUCGGCUCGACGAACGAUUAGCUUGUCCAAUCUGCAAGAAUGUUUUCAACGAGCCAUGGCAGACCUCCUGUGGACACAGAUUUUGUAGAAAUUGUUUGGAUCCUCUAAUUAGGUAUUCUCUCCUGCCUUCCUCGACAUCACUGUCCUCUGGUGAUCCUAGCGCCGGUACCUGUAGCGAUCGGCGCGCACACGGAUAUUUCGAUCUAAACAUUGUUGACUAUGUCAGUAUGUGUGUUGCAGCUUUUACCGAUGUUAAGUUCGUCGAUCGGCUUGACGAACGAUUAGCUUGUCCAAUCUGUAAAACUGUUUUCAACGAGCCAUGGCAGACUUCCUGUGGACACAGAUUUUGUAAAAACUGUUUGGAUCUUCUACUCAGACAGACAUGCUUGAGGUGUCCAUUAGAUGGAGAAACAAUUGCGCCAGAUGACUCUUUUCGUGACAGAUGCUGCGAAAGGGAAGUGCUUGAUUUGAAAUGUUCCUGUCGAUACGCAGAAAGGAAUUGUGACUGGAGGGGGGAAUUGAGGCAUCUGAGGGUAAGUGCUAAACUCGCCGCCACCUUCAUGAUGGGGAAGACUUUUAAGAUUAACAAUGUAUUUUUGUCACAGGAAUUCGACUUACUGUAUACUUAAACAAAUAUAACUGAACGGGAGAUAAAGUCAGGGGAACAAGUUGAAAUCGAAACUUUCAUCGUAUGCUUUAUGCUAGCGUGAUAGUUGACGACUGACAAUUCACACUAGCGACAUAACGAAAUAACGACCCAAAAAUAACGGGAUAAGAAGUGAACAUCCCGACAUAUUGACAAAAUAGCAACAUAACAGCAUGAGCAUACCGACAUACGGGAAAAAAAUACAGUCCAAUCUCUAUAAAGCGGCCAAUCUCGGGGACAAGACAACUGGCCGCUUAAUAGAGGCGGCCGUUUAAUAGAGGUUCGGUUUAUCAAAUAUAAGUACAAAGAAACGCAAGUGGAGAAAAAAAAUUCAACGAUGAUGGUUAUUAUACAGUCCACAACGUUAAAAAAAGCCAAAGAAACAAUUAAGUUUCCACAUUGUCAUUCUUUUACCUUCAUCUGGCCAAAAACGUCCAACUUCAAAUCUUCCUGGCCGUUUAAUAGAGGUAUAAUAGAAGUUCGACUGUACUGUACUGAUCUUUUCCUUAUCUUUUGAAGCUGAGUGUAAUGUUGCUAUGCUAUUAUGUCUCU